GUUCAGCUCAUCCAACGGUGCAAGACUCUGGUUUCAAACGUGCUACCGGUGGUCUCCAUCUGGUCCCAUCCGUCGGGUUCCAGCUCGCCUUCUCAGUUCCACUGCUAGAGAUUGAUUGUGUCUUACCCGUGCCUGUGAAUCGCAUGAUUCCCAAUGGACGUGCCCCGAGCUAAGCCCGCCACUGCGUCCACUGACCACUCAGGGUCCUUGUCAACCGCGUGGGUGCUGGCAAUUGGCGAAUCUGCCCUUUUUCAUCCCGUCGAAAAUCUCAAUUCAGAGUGUACCAUCAGUCAUGGUGCUCGGUUCUGAUUGUCUGGUUCCGCCUUGAGUUUCAUCUGCUGACGCUACAACACGGCCCCUCUGGAUAGUUGCUACCUAAGUUGAGGACUCGUGACGUAUUAGUGGCUAGAGGAUGAUUUAACCGAUGGAGUUGCAAACGAUGUG